GGGCCGUUGCUAGGAUAUGGCCGGCAACACAGAAUGUGGCGGGUGCGGACGCUGCUUCCUCUGAGAGAUUUUUGAGAAACCUGUGCGACCCAAGUAGCUGCUUUUCUGAGUCAGGAAAAUGUCUGAUCAGAAAGAAGAAUUUGUUGCUCAGAAUACUGUUAAUGCAUCAGAAGAAAAUGAUGAUGCUUUUGAGACUAUCAAUAUUCCGGUUCCCUCAGAAGAGCUUCCAGAGUCCGAUCAAACUGAAGAUAAUGAAUCUGAAGUAGAACUGUCUGGUGAGGGCCAUGGCACACAUGCUGAGGAGGAAAGUAGCCAGAGGUUACCAAGCCUGGAACCAAACGACGAAGAACAACCUGUGGGAGAGGUUAUGUUGCCCAAACACACUUCAUAUUCUCCAAGACAUUCUCCAAAGCACUAUCGAACUGAAUAUGAUAAUGCAAUGCUGCCAGCAAGAGGGUAUUCUGGAUCUCUGACACUUCUGAAUAAAAUACAGGCCAUAAAGGAAUCUCUGAAAACAUCAAUGAAAGAUUCCUUAGCAACAGUAAAAGUUGUACUUUUUCCUGUGGGCCAGGAAAUUAUAAUGCCUUUUAAAAUAGACUCCAUUGUAAAGUAUCUCAAGGAUCAUUUUUCAUACGUAUUAAGUAUCCCAUCUAACGUACUGCAGAUGAGAUAUUCAGGAAUAAUCCUUAAAAAUAAUGAGACCCUACUACAACAUGGAGUUAAGCCACAGGAUAUUGUACAAGUGGAAAUCUUUUCUACAGAUCCAGAUCUAUUUCCAAUCAAAAGAGUAGAUGGAUUAAGUGAUGCCUCUCACAUCAUAACUGUCAGAGUACAAACUGGCAUUGCUCAGUACCAGGACGUAGCUGUUGAGAUUAUAAAAUCUGACUUUCACAAACCAUUUCUUGGUGGAUUCAGACAUAGAAUAACAGGAAUAGAAUAUCACAAUGCUGGAACACAAACUGUACCUAAAAAGAUUACCAAAAAAGACUAUGCAUUUUGUAGGGAUACCCAGACAGUUUUUCAGAGAAAAAAGCUCCAGCAAACUACAAAUACAACAUCCACACAGAUGACUAAAAUUGGGGUGUAUGUAUCAAAUAUGACUGAUAAACUGGUAACACCAGGAAAAUAUUUUUCAGCAGCAGAAUACCAUGCUCAAAGAUUACAGGCGGUAAUAGUGUUACAGACUUACUAUAGACGAUGGCAUGCUAAAGUCAUGGUAGAGAAUUUAAGAAGACAGAAAAUGUUAAGGUUGAAGUGGGAAGCAGAGGAAGAACAAAGGAAGAUAAGAGAAAAAGAAGAAUGGAUGAAACUGGACUAUCACCGGAGGCAUAAUCCUCAGACAAAAGAAGAUUUUGAGCUUCUUUAUAAUGCACUGGAACUCUGGCGGCAAGAAGAACUUGCACGCAUUAACCAAUCUUUCACUGGGGCUGAAAGGAAAGCUGCUUUGUGUGAACUUCUGGAAAAAGAGACCCAGAUAAUUGCUUCCAUUGGGAGGCAUAGAUACAUUUCAUAUACGGCAAACCAGGAAGCACUGAUACAAGCUUUUUUGGAUAAGUGUUCAGCUCCAAAGGUAUGGAGAACAUUUAGCGGCAAAAUAAUUGAGAUGGAUACACAGUUCACCAUCAGAGCCAGAGAGCUGCAGAACAUCUAUAAAUGCAUAAUGCUGAAAAAUAUCUCUCAAGAUGAAAGACUGGAUGCACUCCUAACACUUAAACAUACUGUGAAGGAACAUGAAUGUAAACUGACUCAGGAAAUUCUAGAAUUGAUUGACAGAGAGGUUGACCUUAUGAUGAGAGGCGUCAAACAUCAUAAUCUUGAAGGGCUCAGAAAAAGAAUCGCAACACUCUUUUUUCAUUACAUCAAAACACCUCUAUUUAAUCCAGAAGUUGCAAGACACCUUAAGGUCCCUCAAGACCCAUUGAAGUUUUAUAAGAAGAUUUACUUUUGCCACAGUUGCCAGCUCUAUAUGCCUUCCACAGAGUUUGCUGUAUCAUCCACCUCACACCGCGCAUACCGGUGUCGUAACUGCAUUAACCUUGACAAUGAGACUCGGCAACGAGAAUCAUUUCUGAAGUACAAAUGUUUACUUCAACGGCUCUACUAUUCAGAAGCUAAUUAUGAAGAUGAUUCUAAAAUUGCUUUCCUGAUGCAGCUAGAAGAUAUUCAGUACCUGAUAGAGAACAUCUGGGCAUCACAGUCAGCACUCAGUGCCUGGAAUGAUCUCCAUGAUCUGGUCAUGGUCAGGUGGGAUAAGUCCUUGGAAUGGUCCCCGUGGAACUGCAUUCUUCUUACCAAAGAUGAAAGCAUUGCUCAUCUCAAGCUAACAAGUAUUGAAGAGGGAUAUGAACCCUCGUUUAUUCACAAGAUCAAACACAAACAUAUCCUGGCUAAGAACUAUUUUUCUCAAAUUCCAGUGCUGGCUUCAUUUAUACUUGAUGAUGGUGAGAUAGAUGAGAUCAGAAAGAAAUAUCACUCAGAAACAACACCUAAGAUUAUAGUGUCCCAGAGACCUAGUCCCUAGAAGAUCCAGGAGUGUUUGAUGAUCAGCACUUUUUUCCACUGCUAAUAGAGUAAUAAGAGACCACACAAUAUGGAAAUAGAAUUUUAUCUUUUUAUUGAUUUUAAUUGUUUUUUGUUUCUCAUAUUAUCAUAAGUUGUAUAAAGAUAAAACAUCCCUAUAUAAAUGCUUUAUUGUUACACA